AUGUUUAUAAUUAGAAAUUUGACUAUUAUUUAAUAAGGAUUAAUUUAAGAAACCUUAAAACCUAUUAUAAAUUAAAAUGAACAACUUGAUAAAAUAAAAGAAGAAGUUAAUUCAAUUUAAAAGAAUUUGGAAUCAGAUUCUUUAGAAAAUGAUGAAUGGAUUUAUUAGGUAGAUUAUAAAAAAUUAGAAUUUAAUGUAUUUAGUUUGGAUGAAUUAAAAUAUUUAGUUUAAGAAUUUUAAAAAGAAGAAUAUGAAAGAAAUUAUUUGACUUUGGAUAAAAUCUUAUUGAAAAAUAAGUUUUUUUAAAGAUUUGGAUAAGGUAUAAGAAUUGGAAUAAUGGAAAAAGCAUCAAUAUAAAUUCAUAAUGUUGGAAAAGUUAUUCUUCAAUUAGGAGGUAAUAGUAACAAUCUUUUUGUAAUUCUCAGAGGUUCUUGUUAAUAAACAUUAACAAUGGAUAUUCAAUUAGAAGAUUAUGAAUAUUUAACAGUCUAAUCUUAUUUUGAUGGUUAAGAUUUAUCAGAAAUUAAUUUAUUAUAAUUAAACAACAAUAGAGGAUAUUCUGUAAAUAAAUAUAUAGAUUUGGUAGAAGGAAUCAAAGAACAUCCGAAAUUGAAAGGUAGCAAUAUCAUGUAUAACAAGAACUUAUAAAAAAUGAAAGAACUAAAUUGAUAACCAGUCACAUUUCCUGUGCAGAAUAAACUUAUUUAUUAAGAAUGAAUAAUGAUCAAUUCUAAAAGAUUUUAAAAUAAUCUAUUGAAAAAGACAAAGAAUUUAAAUUGAGUAUACUUUCACAAAUCAGAUUUUUUUAAUAUACUUCAGCUUCUUAAUUAUUACAUUUAGUAGCAGAAUUGGGAAUUUAAAAUUACUCUUAAGGAGAUUGUGUUGUUAGAAAAGGUGAUGAAUUAAAUAGAGUAAUUAUUAUUGCAUCAGGUGAGUUUGAAAUUGUUGAAGAAAUUCAAUUUACUAGAGAAACAAGAAAUUAUUUUUUAGAAAAUAAAUUAAAACCUUUAAAAUAAAAAAAAAAUAUAGAUAGAAAUACUAGGCCUGAAAUACCAAGAGAUAUUCCUGAUUAAUCAUUUGAUUUAUCUUUUACUAAUAAUUAAUAAGUAAUAAAAAAUUAAAAAUGCUAUCAAUAUUGUAAUAAGCAAAUUAAAGGUAAAAACUUAAUUGAAUAUACACAUUUACAUAUUUUGAAAACACUUAAAAAAUGUGAUGUAAUUUGUGGUAGAUCAUUAUUAAUUUAGUAUGAUAAUGAAUAUAAUCAAGAAAUGGUUAGUAAAGCAAAGUAAUUAUCAUAUGUUUAGUAAUAGAUUAACAGUUGUUUUAAAGAGUGUUUAAGGUAGUGUUUUCUUUUUGGAUUAAAAAAGAUUCUAAAAUCUUCCAGAAAGCCUUUAAAACUAAAUUGUAUCAGGAUUAAGAUAAAUGAAAGAGUUUGAUGAUUAUGAGAUCAAUUCUAUAAGAAAAGAAAUAAAAUCUUGGGAGAAGUAUAAAUAAAAACUUUAUCAAUAAUCAAUUUAAGAGAAACGUCAACAGUCUUUUAAAGCAUACUGA